UGGCUCGGAUAGGAACCAAAACUUGUGUGCACGGCAUAGAAGCUCCAACUGUGCUCCAAGGCUGAAGUUGCUGCACAAGAUAUGUUAUAUUGUUACAAAUAAUAUAAAUUGUUUAUCCAUAAGCGAUAAUAUUUGAUAUUCGUAUUCGGAGAUGGAUGAAAAAAGGAGCAGUGUCCUUGGCAGCAAAUAAAGUUGAUUAAUAAGAUAUACAUUAAUUAUGGUGUCGUUAAGAAAAGUAGGAGUGAUACCUUUUAAGUGGUUGUACAAUUAGAAACAGGUAUUUCAGUGCAUUUGAAAUAUGGGAAUAAAACAAGAAAUAAACUGAUAGUGAUCUGUUGUUUCAAUCAAAUAUCUACGCGAGUGACUUUGAGCUUACACUAGUGUGGCUGAGUACAUGUCCAAUAUGGCUGAUGUUCCUAACGAUGCUCCAGAGCAUUGUCCUGGAACCCAAAGUGAAGAUGCAGGCAAAGUUUCCGCAUGUGCUGGAUGUCCAAAUCAAAAUAUUUGUGCAUCGGGUGCAACCAAGCAGCCUGACCCUGGAAUAGCGUUAGUUAAAGAGAAAUUAUCUGCUGUUAAAAACAAAAUAUUAGUAUUGUCUGGUAAAGGUGGUGUUGGAAAAAGUACUAUGACGUCAUUGAUAUCACGGGCUCUGGCUGCUGACAAUGCUGAUAGAAAUGUUGCUGUAUUAGAUAUAGAUAUCUGUGGACCCUCUCAGCCUAGAGUACUUGGAGUACUUGGGGAACAAGUUCAUCAGAGUGCUUCAGGAUGGUCCCCUGUUUACAUUGAAGACAAUUUGUCUUUAAUGUCCAUUGGCUUCCUUUUGGGUAGUCCCAGUGAUGCUGUAAUAUGGAGAGGACCCAAGAAAAACGGAAUGAUACGACAGUUCCUGUCUGAAGUUGAUUGGGGGAAUUUAGAUUAUUUGAUUCUGGAUACACCGCCUGGUACUUCGGAUGAGCAUUUAUCUGCUGCCUCCUAUCUACAGGGCGCAGGCAUAACCGGCGCAAUUAUAGUCACAACGCCACAGGAAGUAGCACUGCUUGACGUUCGGAAGGAAAUUGAUUUUUGCAAAAAAGUGAAUAUUCCAAUUUUAGGCGUUCUCGAAAAUAUGAGCAUUUUCGUGUGUCCAAAAUGCAAGAAUUCAGCUGAAAUAUUUCCUGCAUCCACGGGCGGUGGUAAAAAAAUGGCCCAAGACUUAAAUAUUGAAUUUUUGGGCUCAAUGCCGCUAGAUCCACUUUUGGCAAGAUGUUGUGACGAGGGAAAAAAUUUCUUAACAGAACUACCAGAUUCACCUGCAAUUACUGCAUUACAAACGAUAAUGAAACGAAUUGUACAAAAGUGUGAAGAAGAUAAAGAAAAUAUUCCAAUAGAUGCACACUGAGGUAAUCGCAACUCUACCAACGUUUAUUGCAAGUAAUUUAUCUUCAUAAUUCCACCUGUACAUUUAUUCAGCACCCGUGAUAUGUAAUUAUAUACUGUUUUGGAGAAUUAAAUUUUGUUUUACUUUU